AUGAGCGACCUUGUGAGUGUUACCAAGGCAGAAGGUUUAAGUCUGGAGUUGUUUGCGAUGACGGCGUGGCUGAUUUGGAUGCGGAGAAACAAGUUGAGAGCGAACGAUAAUCCUCAGCCAUGCUCUAGAGUCGCCUACUCUGCUUCAGCUCUGUUGGAUGAAUUUCAGCAAGGAAAACAGAGCAUGGCGAGAGGAAACAGAACCAGCCCGGUGGUGUGGCAGCCUCCGUCGGGAUGUUCAGUCAAAGUUAACUUCGACGGGGCGGUGUUUAAUGAGGAUCAGGAAGCUGGUAUUGGAGUGGUCAUUCGCAACAAUGAAGGGCAGGUGCUGGCGGCGCUAUCGAAGAAGGUGCGGAUGCCAGUUACAGUGGAAGUUCUUGAGAUGUUGGCGGCUAGGAAAGCUGCCAUGUUUGCCAGGGACCUCGGUUUCAGCCAGGUGUGUUUUGAAGGCGACGCUGAACUAGUGGUAAAGUGCUUACAGUCGGGUAUGGUUUCAAAUGCACUGGUUGGCCAUUUGGUAAAAGACUUCAUGUCUAUAAGGAGGCACUUUCAGUCCUCUAAUGUCAUCCAUGUCAGGCGGCAAGGCAACAAUGUUGCCCAUGCUUUAGCUAGGGAUGCAAAAUUUUCUUUUCCUUUAAGGGUUUUGAUGGAGGAAGUUCCUCCAAAUAUUUCCUAUUUUGUUGUAAGAGAUUUGCCUUAG